AUGAUUGCGCCAUCAGCCCUGUCGCUGGCCAACCGGCGACUGACCACGUUCCCCGGCGCCCUUGCUGCUGCCGCUGCCGCUUCUUCCAUCGUCGUCACCGCCGCCGCCGCCGCCAGGAACGAGACACGCGUCCACCCAGCCAAGCUACUGCUGCAGUCGCAUCGCUGCCGCGCCAGGAUGCUCUCCACCAAGGCCGGGACUACGCUCCUCCCGCGCCUCCCCAUCCUCGAGGCCGUCGCCGCGCACGACCCCAAGUCCACCGUCGUCGUCCACUCCCUGUCCGGUCGCCGCUUCACAUACGGCGAGCUCCUCGGUGAUGUCGCCCGCGCGCGGGAGCGCCUGCGCGAGGCCGUCGGCGGGAAGCCUCUGACUGGCGAGCGCGUCGCCUUUUUGAUAGAAAACAGCUACGACUAUGUCGUCAUGUUCCUGGCCAUCAUGGCUGCCCGCGCCAUAGCAGUGCCCCUCUCCCCACCGUUUCCCGCUCCGGAGCUGCAGUACAUCCUCGACCAGAGCGCCGCCUCCGUCCUCAUCUCCUCGCCCAAGUUCGCCGCCAAGGCCAGGGAGGUGCUCGCCACGGACCUUCAGCAAAGGCCGGUGUACUUUGAGCUCCCCAAGCACACCGGUAGCGGCAGCGGCAACACCAACGAGGCCGUGUCGUUGGCCGACCAAGACUUCUCUGGUGCCGGCCUAAUGCUAUACACCUCGGGCACAACCAAUCGACCAAAAGGGGUAUUACUCCCGGAACACGUCCUCACGGCUCAGUGUCGCUCUCUCCAUCAGGCAUGGGAGUACUCGCCUGCCGACCACCUCCUCCACGUCCUUCCCCUCCACCACAUUCACGGCACCGUCAAUGCCGUUCUCACACCCCUCUUCGCCGGCUCGUCCAUCGAGUUCAUGUUUCCCUUCAAUGCCGACGCCGUCUGGAAGCGCUUCGCAGCGCCCUUCCUCCCCACCGACGGCACCACUCACACCCUCAACGGCACAACCACUACUACCACCACAACACCACCGCCUCCCGUCACCUUCUUCACCGUCGUUCCCACCGUCUACAGCCGCCUCCUCUCUAGCCACAAGUCCCUGCCGCCCGCCGUGCAGGCCGCUGCCCGCGAGGCCAUCGCCCCGCGCCACCUGCGUGUCAACAUCUCCGGCUCCGCCGCGCUACCGACCCCCGUCAAAGCCGCCUGGGCCGACCUCAGCGGCGGCAACGUGCUCCUUGAGCGCUACGGCAUGACCGAGGUCGGCAUGGCCCUUAGCUGCGGCCUCUCCUUCGCCGACCGCGUCGACGCUAGUGUCGGCUGGCCCCUGCCCUCCGUCGAGGUCCGCCUCGUCGACACCGACACCGGCGCCGUCAUCCCCCAGCCCAACAACGACAACAACGACAACCAGCUCGACGCCCGCGGCCGCGAACGCGCCGGCGAGAUCCAACUCCGCGGUCCCACCAUCUUCCGCGAGUACUGGCGCAACCCCGACGCCACCGCCCGCGAGUUCGUCGACGACGCCGGCGACGGCCGCGGCCCGUGGUUCAAGACCGGCGACGUCGCCGUGCGCCGCCCCGCCCCCGACGCCGCGGGUCUCAGCAAGGACGCCCGCCAGGCGUGGGCCCGCGGCCCCAUGUACUUCAUCCUCGGCCGCAAGUCGGCCGACAUCAUCAAGACGGGCGGCGAAAAGGUCAGCGCCCUCGAGGUGGAGCGCGAGCUGCUGGCGCUGCCAGAGGUCGCCGAGGCGGCCGUCGUGGCGGUGCCGAGCGGCAACUGGGGCCACAAGGUCGGAGCCGUUGUCAUCCUCGACCCGGAGCGCGCGCAGGCCGGCUGGACCCCGCUCGAGAUGCGCCGCGCGCUCAAGAGCAGGCUCGCCGCCUACAAGAUCCCGCAGGUCAUGAGGGUCGUCGAUCACAUCCCGCGCAACGCCAUGGGCAAGAUCAACAAAAAAGAGCUCGUCAAGGCCAUCUUUGCUGAGGAUAUGAGUGGCGACGAAAAGUAA